UUUUUUUUUUUAAAUUUCCGUUAUUUUAUUUAAUUAUAUAGUGUUAAAUACACACUAAAAAAAAAAAUACAUAUUUAUUUAUUCUAUAAGAUAAUAAAUCAAACUUAUUACCUGUUUUUUAUUUUUAUUUCUUUGUAAUUCAACUUACCUUAGCAAUGCGAAGAGCAUCUAACAAUACAAAUAUAAAGACAGCCGAUUCAAUAGUAAGCUUGCCAUUCGACUUGGCAACAGUAAGAACAAAACCUGACAAUAAAACGCUUGAACGUACAAAAGAUAGAAUAUUUGGAUUACAAGAAGCACCUACUUACUUUCCUACAGAAGAGGAAUUCAAAGAUCCUUUAAGUUAUAUUGAAAAGAUUAGUCCUGAAGGUGAAAAAUAUGGUAUUAUCAAAAUUGUCCCACCAGAGAGCUAUCAACCAAAGUUUUCUUUAAAGACUGAGACCUUUCGCUUUAAAACUCGUUUACAAAAAUUAAAUAGUAUGGAAGGUGAAACUCGUGCAAAUGUAAACUAUCUUGAGCAACUGACAAAAUAUCAUAUCUUGACUGGCAAGCCAGUGAGUAAAAUUCCUCAACUUGAUAAAAGACCUAUUGAUCUCUACAAGUUAAAGAAUGAAGUAGCUCUUCGUGGUGGUAUACAAGAGGUAACUCGUUUAAAAAAAUGGGCUGAAAUAGGUAGAGUUCUAGGCUAUGCACGCAAACAAUGUACCUCUAUGUCGAAUGCUCUUAAAAGUGCCUAUACAAAAGUCGUUUUACCUUAUGAAAUUUGGUAUGCUAACCACAAAGAUGACGUUGAUCAAAUCCUCAAAAAAGGAGAAAUACCGUCUAUUAAUAAUCCAGAAAGUUCAUCUGAUAGUUUAGAUAGCGAUACUUGUGAAAUAUGUGGAAAGAAUGAAGAUGAAGAUAAACUUUUAUUAUGUGAUGGCUGUAAUCGUGGUUAUCAUAUGUAUUGUCUUAAGCCACGCUUAACAAGUAUUCCAAAGACAGAUUGGUAUUGUAUUCAAUGUUUAACUGCAGUUGGCAAAGAUUAUGGUUUUGAAGAAGGUAGUGAAUAUGAUUUAACUGCAUUCCAAAAAGUAUGCAAUCAAUUUAAGAAAGAAUGGUUUGAAAAGUCUCUUGGUAAAGAAAACCCAACAGUUACAGAAGAAGAAUGUGAAAAUGAAUUUUGGAGACUUGUAGAAAACCCUCAUGAAACAUGUGAAGUAGAAUAUGGUGCUGAUCUACAUAGUACUCAACAUGGAAGUGGAUUUUUAACUGCAGAACAAAUGCGUAAAGAAGCCUUUGAUCCUUGGAAUUUAAAUGUAAUUCCUGUAGCACCUCAAUCGUUAUUUACUUUUAUCAAAACAGAUAUUAGUGGUAUGAUGAUACCUUGGCUAUAUAUUGGUAUGUGCUUUUCAGCAUUUUGUUGGCACAAUGAAGAUCACUACACAUAUUCAAUCAAUUAUAUGCAUUGGGGAGAAACAAAGACAUGGUAUGGCAUUCCUGGUUCAGAUGCUAAUAAAUUUGAAGAAACGAUGAAAAAGGCAGUUCCAGAAUUGUUUGAACAACAACCUGAUUUAUUAUUUCAAUUAGUGACCAUGCUUAGUCCUGGACGUUUAUUAAAGGAAAAUGUCAAUGUCUAUGCCGUUGAUCAGCGUCCUGGACAGUUUGUUGUUACAUUUCCUAAAGCUUAUCAUUCCGGAUUUAAUCAUGGCUUUAAUUUCUGUGAGGCUAUUAAUUUUGCUCCUAAAGAUUGGGUCAGUUAUGGAUUAGAAUGUGUAAAACGUUACAAAGAAUUUAGAAAACAGCCUUGCUUUUCUCAUGAUGAAUUAUUGGUUACUGCAGCACAAAACAUCCAAUUAAAAGAAAAGAUGGAUUGGUUAAAACAAGGUCUUUAUGAAAUGCAGAACAGAGAAUUUAAAGACCGUCAAUUAGCUAGAUCAAAAAAAAUCAAAGAGCACUUGGGUGUACAAUCUGAAGAAUUACAAUGUAUAUAUUGUAACUGUUUUACCUAUUUAUCUUACAUUGGUUGUAAAUGUACGGAUAAAGUAGCAUGUUCUGAUCAUAUUUCUGAGUUAUGUAGUUGUGAUCAUGCAUCAAAGACACUCUAUUUACGGUUUACUGAUGAGCAGUUAUUAGAAUUAAUCAAACAUAUCUCCAACACAGAUUCAAGUUCUUCAAAUUGGUUUCAAAAGCUUGAUAAGAUCAUGUCUUCUCGUCCUGCUCCAUCUUUAAAAACAUUAAAGGAACUUUUGAAAGAAGGUUAUGAAGCAAAUGCUCCUAAGGAUUCUUUAGAUACUUUAGAGGACUAUAUUGAGGCAGCUGAACGUUGGAUCUUGGAAGCAGAGAAACUCUUGAAUUAUAAAACUGAUUCAUCUAAACCAAAUCAUCUUAAAAAGAACAAAAAUGAAAGAGCAAAAGAGUUGAUUGAUAAGGCAGCAACAAUUGGCUUUGAUCUGCCUCAUGUUGAUAAAAUUAAAACUUACUAUGCUAAAUUGAAUGAAUUCUCAAAUAAAUUGUCUAAUGAUGUAUUAGAAGCCAAGGACAAAGAUCUGAUGAUGCAUCUUUAUAAGGAAGGUGUUCGACUUCGUGCUGAUUCUGAACAAUUUAAUCAACUUCAAACUAUCAUCGAAUCGUCUUCAUGGGAGGAACAAGCUCAAAAGGCACUUGAAAGUCCUUUUAAUCUUAAGAAUGUUCGAAAACUGAUUAAAGAUGCUGAAGAUAUGACUAUGAAGAAUGAGCCAUUAUUAAAUCGACUUGUGAAAAUAGAAGAAAUCGGCAGUAGCUUAUUACAACGUAUUGAUAAUAUUUGUAGAGGGAAGGAAAAGAUUGAAGUCGAUGAAGAGGAAGCUAUACUCCAGUUAGGUCAAAAUGUCAAAGAUAAGACAUUGUCUAUUGAAUUAGAACCCCAUUUGUUUGUACGAUUAAAGAAUAACUUUGCACGAUCAAAGAAGACUCUAAAAGAGCUUGAGGAUGUGUUAAGAAACAAGUGCACUCAUCCCUCUGUCAUCAGUCGUCCUUCACUUACUGAAGCUCAACGCUAUAUGACAUUAUGUCGUGAAGUCUGUUUUAAAUCAGAUUUGAUAUCCGAGUUAUCAACUGGAUUAACUCAAAUGGGGAAAUGGAACGAGAAAAUUCGUUCUGCUUUUAUGAACGGUCGACAAAAGUCUUUAGAAGCAGUCUUGAAGGAGACACUCAAUAACGUGCAACGUAUCACAUCAAGUGAAGGUCAAGCCGGUUUGUGGUGCAUCUGUCGAAAGGCAGAAUCGGGUCUUAUGAUCGAAUGUGAUAUCUGUCAUGACUGGUAUCAUAAUUCAUGUGUCAAAGUGCCUCGUAAUGUAGUUCGUUCAUCUAAUUCAUAUAUUUGCCCUAUUUGUCUUCCUGGAGGAACAAAUAAGAAGAUUACGCAUUUGUCAAGACAGCCUAGGAUAGAAGAAGUCCAUGAAUUGAUUACCCUCAGCCAAAACUUGAUGUUCUGUCCUAAAGAUUAUAAGCUUGUUUUAGAUAUUUAUAAGUUAAUGCAAGACUAUAGACUUCGUGUACAGUCAUUUUGUAGAUCACGCACUCAAUUAGGAAUACAGGAUAUUCCACAAAUCAAAUAUUAUUUAAGAACGCUCUUGGGCCUUGAAGUGGCCUUACAAGAUGAAAUGGAAUUCCUGCGUACUAAAGUUGAAGUGCUUAUGCCAGUGAAUCAUCCUAUGCCAGUAACAACUGCAGUACUUACAGAAAAGGCUUCAGAAAAAAUAUCAAUUCCUACUGGUUUACCCUCUCCAUCCAUUGAAUCACCACCAAAUUCACAAAUAACUAUACCAAAUCUUCAAACACCUACCACCUAUACACUAAAGAAGAAAGAAAAAGAAGAAGAAGAAAUAUCAAAACUUUUACAUUUAGACGAAAAAGCACCUUUGACUAAUAAUAAUUCAAAAAAUAUUGAAUGUAUAUGUAAAGAUGCAACUGCCACUGAUUCAAAGCAAAAGUUAAUUCAAUGUAUCACCUGCAAUCAUUAUUCACAUCAAAACUGCGUUAUCCGCUCUAUUUACUUUAUGACCAGUGACUUUUUUAAAUGUUCUAAAUGUCGUUAUCUUGAAAACAAUGCUUCUACAUCCACAAAUACCGAAAGCCAACCUCCUCGUUUACAUAUAACGGCAUAUGGUACGAAACGUAGGAUAGAGGAGGAUAAUGAAGUUUUAUAUAAACCUCAAAAAAUUAUUCGCUUAACUGUGAACCCACCAGCACAGCCAACAGUAUCAUCACUGCCAUCUUCUUCAUCAUCUACACAACUUUCUACUCCAUCCAGUGGUAAGAAAAGUUCUUCCUCUAUUCAUGGAAGCAGCGCCAAUAGUAAAAGAAAGCCUCAAAGUCCUUUAGAUGAGAAUUAUAAACAUACCAGCAAUAACAACGGUAAGAGAAAGCAGCGUUUUUCAGAUGAAGAUAAUAGCCAUAAACGAAAGCAGCAGCAUUCUCCUGAUGAGCAUGGUCGAUCUAGUCCUAAAAAGCAUCGUACUUAAAAAAAAAAAAAAGUGAUCGCUUUUUGUUAAAUAUUUUGUUUUUAUUUGUCAUAUAUGUAUAUCCUCUCUAAUACCAUCAUCAUCAUCAUCAUCACUACUACUACUACUACUACCUUUUACUAUGUAAAUUAUAUCAACUGUUCUUUGCUUUUCUCUCUCUUCUCGCUUCCUCUCUCUUCUUUUCCUUUAUAAUUUAUGAUUUUAUUCCACUCUAAUCUCUUUCUCUUUUGUUAUACAUUCUGCCCUACCACCUUUUCCCCCCCCCUUUAAUCGGCUUAAAAGAGAAAGAGAUUUACUAGCCCAAAAAAUAAAAUUUUUGAGUCAUGGUAACUGUCAAUAAUGUUUGUAAAGAAAAGCAUUUUAAAUAGCGCAUAGAAAAAUCAAAAA